GUUCAGGACCUGAAAACUAAGCUGCUUUCAGUGGCAAAGUGGCAGACAGGUUUUCGAUUUCCAUCAUUGUCACAAUUCAGCAUGAGAGUUCAUGACCUCUGGAAUGCACUUUUGCAGGAAAAUUUUGUUUUCAGCUUCAGAAAUACAUUGGAAAUUAUGGUGUAUAGCAGCUUGGAAGAGAAGUGUGCUCAUUGGUCAUGGGAGUUAAGGAAAUGUUCUUUGGAAACACAGACCAAGUUUAAAAACCAAGUUGGAAGCAACAAAAUUUUGGAUGUCAGUAUCACAGAUCUGAUUUCUGACUUUGAUGAAGUUUAUUCUUCAUUAAAAAGGGAGGUUGAGGCACAUUUCAAAGAAGACAAACAUGCUGAGAUCCUUAUUAAAUGGAAAGGGAAUGUUGAAAACCGACUUGAGAGCCUUAAGAAUGAGCUCAUUGAAGAAACCCAAAAACAAUGCAAAAUAUUAAUUGAAAUUAAGAGAAGUAUGUCAGAAUUAGAGCAGAAAAAAUCACAUUAUGAAAAAAACCUGAUGCAAAAAAGCAAAACCAUGGCAACUUCUCUGAAGGACAAGAGGUUCACUGAUGAACAAGUGGAGGAAGCAUUCAGUUCACUCUGGGUUGAGUGGGUAGCUGAAAUAGCAGAAGAUCAGCCGCCUGAUGAGCCAGUCAACAUAAAAGCUAUAGUGGAGAGGAUUCUGUACUCUCGCUUCCAAAAACAGGCAGACAUCAUGAACAAGAUUAAAACAAUAUCUGAAAGUAGAAUGUUUGAAUUUACAAAGAAAAAGCAUAUCAGCCACACGGUCAUCGAGGCAGGAUUGGAAUGGAUUAAAGAAACAUUUGGAAAGGGGAUUCUCCAGGAGUUUGCUGAAAAACUCCACCGAAAUGUGAAACACAUGGUUGAUGAAUAUAUUAUGAAAAAAGAAUCAGAAAAGACAGACUUUAAUAAGAAUUUCAUUUUUGAAAUACUAGAUGAGGUUGAAAGUCAUAUUCAUGAUUAUGAGCACAAAGAAAAUAUGAAAUUCACAUAUGAAUACAGAGUUGACUUGUCACUUCUUGUUUGCUUCAGUUCUGUCCAGAGGUUUCAAAAAAUGCACGAGUCAUUCAAGAAAGCUAACAACCCGGUAACCUACCUGCAAAGUAAAAGGGAACAGUACUUCCAGAUGUUCCAAAACUAUUGCAAAGGAGCCAACUCAGUGAGAAUUUUUUCUGAAUUUUUAUUCAAAAACAUUCUGCCUGCAGUUGAAGAGGCAACAUACAAUAAAACUAAGGUGCAAAUCGCUGAUAAUAUUAAAUGCAACAACCCAGCAUUCAAUGGCAACAGAUGCAACCUUGAAAAUCAUAUACUGAGACAUCUUGCUGAUCAAGAGGAAUUUAAGUCAUAUACAGAAUACAUUGAUAACCCAAAGUUGUAUUUUAAAAAUUUUAUUGGAGAACAUGUGGAAACAUUUUGCAAAGACUACAAAAAACUGCAGGUGAUGCUUCGUGAAAACCUAAAAGAAAUGAAACUGCACAUUUUACGCACCAGCAAAGAGGUAUCUGAGGAAGUGAACCUGAAGAACGGCAAUGCAUCCAUGUGGCUCGAUCAUUUCUGUACAAAACUUGGAGACCACAUGGUCAUAAACAGGCAGAGUCUGACAAGCAUUCAGGAGGAAGACAUUAGUGAUACAAAGUUUCUGAAAGACAUGUUGGCCAAGUAUCUUGAAGAGGUGGUUAAAAGUGAAAAUGUGAAAAGUGUUGAUACAUCUUCUCAGCAUUUAUGCCUCUUAAAGGAUAAAAUAACAGAGAUUCUUUUUAAUCAGCUUGAAGGAUGUUGGGCUCAGUGCCCUUUCUGCAAGGCCAUCUGCACAAAUACUAUAGUUAACCACAGUUGUGACCACAGGGUUCAGUUUCACUGGUCCAGUGCUAUAGGUCACGUUCAUUAUUACAAAACAGAUGAAUUUACAAUUGAUUUCUGCACAACCAAUGUAAGCAGUGAUGGUUCAUUCAUAAUCCUUCCAUAUAAAAAAAGGUUCCCCUAUAAGUCCUACAGACGUGGUGGUGACCCUUAUGAUAAGUGGAGCAUCACCGCAGAUGGGAGCACACAGGGUUACUGGAAAUGGUUUGUUUGCAGGUUUCAGAAGGAGUGGGAGGAUAGAUGUGGAUUAAAAUUUAAAGGCAAAGGUGUGAUUCCUGACAGCUGGAGAAAAAUCACAAAGGAAUCAGUGCUGGAGGAAUUAAACAUAAGAGACUAAAACUACUGCAAUGAUGCAUAUGCAAGAUAAAUCUCACAAUGAAACAUGUAGUGUUUUAGUUAUAGACAUUGUGUACCUGUACAUGUGCAAAUGGCAAACAAAGAAUUUAUCAUUAUCAUUUAUCAUGGGGUAAAAAAGUGUAAAUAUUCAAUCUUUUAACAAAGUCCCCGGUGUUGUAGGGGUUCAGGUCCCACAGUUCUGUUUGUAUUCUAUCAUCAUUAUUAUGUUUCUUUUUUCUUAUUCUAAUUUUCUUUAUUAUUCUUGUUUUAAAAUGUCUCUUUAGCAUUUUGUAAACCCAGUGGUUAAAUCAGUGCUAUAUAAAUGAAGGUUGAUUGAAAAUACACAGCCUAUGGAUGUUAGCAAAGCAUGUAUGACCUUUCUUUGAUUUAAUGUUAAUUCUUGACAUUAGGUUCUGAUUAAAAAAAAUAUAAAUAUCUUUAGAUCUAAUUAUCAUUAAAUAUCUGAAUGUAGCUAUUAGGGGAAAGAAAGUGGUUUAGAUGACUGAGCACAGUUCUAUACAGUAGAACCUUGGAACUAGAACUGGAACUCGGACAACAAAGGGGUCGGUUAAUUUUUUUCAACUUGUACCUCAACUGAAAUCUCGGAACUCAAAAAUUUGUAUGAGUCAAGAUGUGUUCAACUCUACCAGUUUGAACCUUGAAUGGGUUGGCAAAAAAACACCUAGCCGCAAGUCGACUGAAAACAGGACAAAACGAAACAGAUACACUACAACUAGUAUGGAUCUCUGAUGGGCAAAAUAAAGGCAGACGGACCAUCAUUUGGAGGUCUGGAACAGAUUAGGUUAAUUUUCAUUAUUUCUUAUGGGGAAAAUUUUACUUGGACCUCAACCAAAUCGGAACUCGACCAGCCUUCUGGAAUAAAUUGCGUUUUUGUUCCAAGGUACCACUGUAGUUGCAAGUUGUAUUAAUAUUGCUGUUAUGGAAAACUCUGUAGUCUAAUAAAAGUGUU